CCCGUCGGAACGAGGGUGGCCGCUGCGGUCAAAAGCGGCAGAAUACGAUUGUUGUAAUGAGCCAGCAAGAGGCCCGUGAGAGGUUCUGUUUCAAUUGGAGGCUUGUUUGACAUAAAAUCGUUUCUGAACUGCCAGGGGAUCCCAUGAACCCCGCAUUGUUUGUGAUCCUCCGGUACAUCAUCGAUACUGACCGUAUCUGGGAGAUUCCUUUCUGCUCAGCUCGCAAUCAGAAGCUGACGAUGCUCCGCCUCCCCGGUGGACCACGGCUAGCCAGGCUCAUUUGAUCGCUUCCUUUUCUCACAUUUCAAGCCUCAGAGCCUCUUAUAAGUUUAUCAGAGUACCAGCCUUUCGAUCCCCUCCUCCUCUUUUCUCGUAUAAAUUGCUCGAGACAGGGCCACCCGUCCUUCCUAACUAGUAUCUGAUGGGAAUCCCUCCGUCCUCAUCUUGCGGAUUAUGGUUUCGGACCGUUCGGCUUGCACCCUAAUCCACCUAACGACUUAACCUCUUUCACUUUUGGCUUCAACUCUUUGGAUCCUUGCUCUCACGCGACAAACUUCUGCUCUUUAAAACAAGAUGUUUGGCGCUUGGUUUGGGGGUAAGAAGCCUAGCCCCAAUGGCUCGACGCAAUCGCUCGAUCCUCAGUCAGAGCUACAAGACUUGCUCGAUGCAAUUCAAGCUGCGGAGCUUAUCCUCAACGAUGAUGUUGAUGGUGCCGAAGAAGGCCUUAAUGGGCGGAACUCAGCCUUUCACCAGCUUGGGAAAGCCGUGGUGAUGUUUAUCAGGGCAACUCUGGGUUUCGAGCAAGAUAUCAUGCGUCAAGCGGCUGAACGCCUUAAUGAUGCCGAAAACAAAGCGUACAGCGACCAACAGAGGGCCAAAAACACCUCACAUUCGGGAGAAUUUUAUCGCUCAGAGAUAUAUGCGCCAGGGACCGAAUUCGUGCUGUGCCAGGCAAUGGCACAACUCCAGGCGGCUGUUGUCGGCGUCCUCAACGAGAGUCUCACAGAGAGCAUCAAAGCAUUCUACAAGUUAAGAAAGGCUUACUUUGCGCUGGACGCAAUCCUGAAGAUGGAAGAAAAGUUCAUGCAAUCGAGGCAGAGUGGUGUUCAAAACACCCCUUCUCCGACUCCAUCUUUGAAGCAUGCAGACGAGGAAGAUGUUCAUAAGGACCUCUCUAAGUUAAACUUGGAAGAGGCUGGCCCCCCAGGCUCUAUUCCAAUCUCGAGCAGUACGAGCGCAUCAGACUUGAUUAACCACGACCCCGAGUCCGAUAUCUUCAAAAACCCGAUCGAUGUGUUCGUGCACUCCGGUGCUAGUUUUUGCUUUGGGGUCCUGCUUUUGCUCAUUUCCAUGGUACCUCCCGCUUUCAGCAGACUGCUUAGCAUCGUCGGGUUCUACGGCGACAAGGACCGAGCACUAAGGCUCCUCUGGCAAUCGAGCAAGUUUGAGAAUCUGCCGGGUGCGAUCGCGGCUUUAUCGCUUCUUGGUUAUUACAACGCCUUUGUCCGCUACUGCGACAUUAUGCCGGACGCUAUCCCUGGAAAAGACGGAGACAUCCAGGGUUAUCCUCAAGAGCGACUUGAGGCCCUUCUUACCCGGAUGCGGGAACGGUUUCCUAAAAGCCAACUUUGGCUUCUUGAGGAAUCUCGCAUGCAUGGCGCCAACAAGAGACUUGAUGUUGCGCUAGAACUCCUAUAUACAGAGGAACACAGCCCACUAAAACAGGUUGAGGCACUGAAGGUGUUUGAAAAGAGCAUGAAUGCCAUGUAUCUUCAUGAGUAUGAGCGGUGUUCUGACGCAUUCAUCGAGUGUGCCGACCUCAACUCUUGGUCUCGUGCACUGUACUAUUACAUAGCAGCGACUUGCCAUAUUAGUCUAUACAGAGAGCUCGCCGCGACAGAUCCAGAGAAAGCCACCGCUCACGCCGACCGGGCAGUGAAGCUGUUACAAAAAGCCCCUCAGUUUGCAGGAACGAAGAAGUUCAUGGCGCGGCAACUGCCAUUUGAUGUCUUCGUUGUCCGUAAAAUCGCCAAAUGGGAAGCGCGAGCUAAGGAGUGGGGUGUGCCGCUCGUGGACGCUGUGGGUGUCGAUCCUAUUGAAGAGAUGAUAUUCUUCUGGAACGGCCAUAGCCGGAUGACCCAAGAGCAGCUGGAGGACUCUUUGGCUAGACUCUCAUGGUCUGAAAGUGACGCGAACCGAACCUGGUCCCGUGAGGGACCUGAGGAGAAAGGUAUCUACCAGAUCCUGCGCGCGGGUGUUUUGCGCUCGAUGCGGCGCCACGACGAGGCAAAAGAGAUCAUCCGGACCUCGAUUUUCACCCUGGACAAAUCAACAUUCAAGGGCCGUCACAAGGACGACUGGGUGUACCCAGUCGCCUACUUCGAGAUGGCUGCCAACCUAUGGAUGGAGCGUCCAACGUACAUUGCACAGCACGGCGGACCGGCAUCGAAAGCUUCGGAAUCCAAGGACCCGGCCGCGGCAGAGAAGGAGCUGGUACGGGAAUGUAAGGAGAACCUGCAAAAGGCAGCUCGCUGGGAGAGCUAUGAGCAGGAGGCACGGUUUGGGCUCAAGGUGACGGCUGCGCUGGAGGCUGUCGCAAAGUGGGAAGUUCAGAACUCUACCAAGGUGGAGUGAAGAUGGUAUAUAUGAAUAGGACGCAUGGUGUACAUGUACAUUCGCUUCGUAUGCAACCGAUAGAAAGCGUCAAUUGAACUGAUAUUGAUCAUG